AUGAAAUCAAUAUAUGGAGAUCCUGAAUUAAUUAGGUGGUUGAAUAAGGAAAUCAAGCUUUAACCAGCAAUUCUUGAUAUUGAGAAAUAAUUUUAGAAUUGGUUUUAUUUUUAGGAAGUGCUUUAUAAAACAGGAAAUCCUCUUAAGAAAAUCUUAACAAAUAAAUUUGAUGAAUAUUCUACGCAAAAGAAUAUUAAGAUAGUUAAAAAGCACAUUAUAAAAUUAGUAGGAAUUGAACCAAAAGUUGAAAAAGGUUAAUCGUAAAUUGAAGAAUAUUUGAAAGCAAUCAAAUCAUAUGCUAAGCCAAUUGCAGUUAAUUCAUUACUUUCGAUAGCUCGUAAAGAGACAAAGGAUGUUUUGAAUGAAUUGACUAAAACGUUGAAAGUAGCAGAUAAAAAAUAAGUUCAAUCCUUGGUGAAUAAUUAUGAAGAGAAGUUCAUAAACUCAUUGCCAAAGAAAUUAAAGUCUAUUGAGGAGGGUUUACACAGAUUCAGAGAUGAAAAACUAAUCCAUGAGAUUCAGGCAGUGAAAUUAAAGUAGAGGGAUGAAGAAAAGGAGAGAUAAUGGUUAUCAUCAUUGAGAGAGAAUGAAUUGGAGAAGAUUAGAGCAAAUCAUGAAUUUAUCAAAGAGUAGGAUAAAAAAAUUUAUGAAUUCUGGAGGAGUACAGAAGCAGUUAAACACAAUAGGAUUGAAAAAGAGACGAAAUUUAACGAAAUGAUGACUGGAAGAUUGGUCGCUGAAAUUAAUUAAAAGAAGAAGGAUGAUUAAAAGGCCAUGGACAACAAUAUAUAUCUAUUUUUGUAAACUUGUAUCAGAUAAGGCAUAGAAAUUGAAAAGGAUCCUUCAAAAAAGCCAGUACCUGAAAAGGCUAAAUUUUCAGCAGUUGCAACAAUGAUGAAAAUAAGAGAAAGGACACAUAAGACUGAAGAAGCUAGAAAGGCAAGACAGAAGCGAAGAAAUAAAAUGUUAGUUGAAUAGUUAAAAUAGUAAGAGUUAGUGGAAGCUAAGAAAAAAUUGGAUGAAUUAGUGGAUAGAUUCUCAGAAUAUGGAAAAAUAGCUAAUUAAGAGGCUGCCAUAAGAUUGAAAGAGAAAUUGAGAGGGAAAUUAUAAUUUAAUGAAAGAACAUUGAUGUGCCAAGCUUCAGAGGAAUAAAGAGAAACGUUUUUUGAGUAAUUAAGAAGUGAAGCUAAGGCAAGAGAAUAGGAAGUUAGAUUGUAAAGAUAAAAGGAGUGGAGAAUACUUUAAGUUUAAUAUAUGGAGUAGAAUUACAAUAGGAAAGUGUAGUAGAGAUAGAAACAUGUUCAAUAAAUGCAACCAUUAAUAUUGACAAUCUUAGAUUUGGCUGAUAAAUGUUAUUUAAAAAUGAAUGAGAGUGUAGAACAAAAUGGAAAGCCUUUGACAUUAGAUAAAAAGGUUUGGAAUAAAUUUAUUGAGGAAUGGCAAAGCGAAUUAUCAUAGAUAAAACCAAUUCAUGAUAAUAUAGCUGCAGCCAUUACUUAGGAUUUUGUUGAAUAUUAUCAUGCAGUCAAAGAUUGGAAGUCUACUUAAAAUGAUAGCCAAUUGAUGGCAAAUAUUUCAUUGGCUGAAUUUCUAUUCGAAAUAACAGAUGAAUUGUAUCCUAUGUAACCAUUAAAAGAGGGUAUCAAUUACUAUCUACCACUUAAAAUAUCAUUAAUUGGAGGUAAAUUUAGUGGUAGGAAAACUACUGCCAAAUAUUUAAAUUAAAAAUACGGAUUAGAAAUUAUAGAUAUAGAAUCAAUAAUAAAAGAAUCCUUGAAACUUGCUUUUCCUCCAAUAGAAGAUCCAAAGAAAAAAAAGGAUACAAAAAAAGUAGUUGAAGUUCCUAUUGUGGAAAAUCCAGAAUUGAAGGAAUAUGGAUUGUAAAUUAAUGAAUAUAAAGAUUCAGUGAUCCCAGAUGAAUUAUUAUUAAAGGGAAUUUUAAUUAAAUUGAAUCAGACCUUUGGUUAGAGAACCCCAUUAUAAGUUGCACAAGAAAUGAAGGAAGCAAAAGAAAUUCAACUAAAGAAAGAUUAACAGCCAGUUGUUGAAGAAGUUAAAAAAACCUCAAAGAAACCUGGCAAAAAGGAUGCCCCUCAGAAUACCGGACCCACUUAAGAAGAUUUAAUUAAAGAAUAUAUGAAUUCCAAACAAUUUUAUUAUACCAAAGGGUGGGUUAUGAUUGGAUUUCCAGAAAAUGCCAAUUAGGCUAAAAUGCUUGAAGAAUAAUUAACAGGUUAUAUUCCAUAUGAAGAAAGGCUAAAUUAAAUAGCAGAAGAAAAGAAAAAGAAGUUUCAAGAAUUGUUAGAUAUACCUACAUAAGAAGAAUCCAAUAAAAUUUAAUAAUCAGGAAUAGAUAUAAUCAUUAAUCUGGAUACUCCAUAUGAGUAAAGAGUUUAAAGGAUGUAAAAUAGAAGAAUAGAUCCACUUACAGAGACAGUCUACAAUUUAGAAGAAAAUCCACCUCCCCCAGAAAUCAAGCCAGAUAAACUAUUAAAAAUAGAUACUGAAACUGAAGAAAAGUUAUAAAAAGAUUUUCAAUAAUUUAAUGAAAAUUUGCCUAAAUUAAUUGAUUGGUGCGAAUAAUUUGGAUUUGAAGAAGAUUUUAAGUAAUUACAUAAUACAAAAAUUGCAGGUAAAGGAUUCGAAGUUGCAAAGUCAAUCGAUAGUUUAAUUAACAAAGUGCUCACUCAUAAUUUUGAGUACUUAAAUCAAAUAGCUGAAGAAGUCUUGGCUUCAGAAUUAUAAUAAGAAUAAUAAUCUUAAUAAAUCUAAAGUUAAGAGAAUCAAGAUUUGGAAAAGGUAGAAGAAUAGAAUCCAGAAUAAUAGGCAUAAAUAUUAUAAGAUAAGCAGAGCCUCCUUGAUGCUAAAUAAUCCACUGAGAGAGGUAGAUCUCAAUUAGCAUCAAGAUAAAAGGAUGCUUAAAGUGAAUUUUUAAGUUAAGAUUAACUCAAGGGGAUUUUAAAAUAAUGGGAUGAAAUUUCUAAUACCUACAUCAGAGAAAGUACGAUAUACAUAAGGAGAAUGAGUCAUUAAAGGAAAAAAUGCUAACAAAUAUUCUUAUAAACUCAAAAAAGCUUUAUUGAAUUCUUCGAGAGUCCUGAUAACAAAUUAAAAUUAAUGCAUGAAUUUUAAUUAAACUAUAACAAAUUCUUAUAGGAGAAUGAUGAUUUAUCCAAAUAAAAAAAUGCCAAACAAUAAUUAAAGGAUCAUUUACAAAAAACCUAUGAAUAGUUGUGGGAUAUUUUAAAUUAAAAGAAAAAUUAAGCAUUAGAUUUUGUAAAGAAGUUGAAGAAGGAUAGGUUUGUAGCUAUUUAAAUUUAAUAAUUUAUGUAGCAUGUCCUUAUGCUUCUAUAAACUGAAACAAAUUUAUUAACUGAAAUUCAAUUGCUUGGAAGACCUUGGAGCGAGCAUUUUAUUCUUGAACCCCCAUAAUCGUAAUUAAUUGAUGGAUACAAAUUUCCCUAACUGGAAGUACUUAUUUCCUAUUACUUUGAUUGCCUUGAUAAAAUUACUUAAGGAGAAGAAUCAUUAAUUAUUAAAAUCCAAAAAGAAAUUGCAUAUAAAAGGGGUCAGAUCAUUAGAAGCGUGGCUCACAGUAAAAUGACAGAAAUGUUAUUGAUGGAGGACAUUUUAUAUUCGAGAAUUGACGACUGGAUUAUUUGUGGAAUUAAAAACCUUAGCGAAAAUGACUUUUGUUUUGAAUCAAUUAAUUAUCUUAAACAACAAAUUGAAAAUAGAUAACCCGCCAUAUUGACAAUACCUGAGCCUAGUCCGAUUUCUGAGUUCUUCAAAAUGGUUUAUAUGUAGUAACACUUAAUUCCUGAAUCUGAGAAAUGGAGAUAGGCAAUCCAAUUCUAUGAGGAAGUUAAAUCUCUUAGUGAUUCAGCCUGGAUUCCUUUGGAGAUAUACGAAUCUUUCUAAAGAAGAAGAUCUAACUUCCUAUCUUAAUUCAAAAUAAAUAUAAAUAAGAUUGCCAAUUUGGGUUGUUAUCAGAAUGUUAGAUUUAGCUAUCAAACUUUACUUAUUACUAUAAUAUUAUAUGAGUGCAGAGUGCCAACUUAAGAGGAAAUUUAAUAAUUAGUCGAUGAUAUUUAAACAGUGGAACCAGAUGAUUAGAGAGAUUAUUGGAUAGAAUAUUAAUUUUGGUUUGACGAUAAUUUUGUAGAUUAGGAAUUCAACUUAAAAAUCUAUGUUAAAAACUUUCUCUUCAAUGUAUUAUAAUCCCAAGACUUAGCUGUUUCUGUAAAAGAGAAUUUUGGAUAUUUUAAAUAAUUUGAAAAUUAAUUAUUUUCAUCCAUCUUUGAUGAAGAAGAUAUAAAAUCUAAGUAAAAAUGA